GUACAUAAUACUUCUUCUAUUUUCUUCACAAAAACAAACCUGUGGGUUGGGUUGGGUUGAAAGAUAGUGACAAGUCAUUUUGACUUUUAUACCUAAAGUGGAACUAGAGCUCACAAUUUCUUGGUUCCUAGACUAACACCUUAAUCACGACAUACAAUUGGCUCUUUUAUUAAUUUCUUCUUUUUCAGCUAUUGCUUACCUCACUUUUAAUAAUGUGCAUAUGGAAUUUUUUCAUAAUGUUAUGGAAACAGAUGGUUGUUGUUUUUUUUUUGUUUGGGAACCUCAUCGUUUGAAUGGGUAUGGUGAAAAUUGUAACAUUUUUACACAUACAUAUCACAGUUCCAUUUUUUUAGUUACAUAUAUUCAUGGCAUGUUCAAACAGAAAAAAGUCUUGCUACGUACAAAGAAAUUCAUAUGCGGACCUCUAUAUACACAAACUCUUGGAUAUUAUAACUGAACAAUAAACUCAAUUCUCAUUUUAGCUUUUGGGAUAUUAGAAAAAAGUAAUAAAAAGCAAGAUUUUUUAUUAUAUAGUACCAUAGAGGGUAAAGGACUUUCGUUAUAAAUAUCAAGACAGAGGUUCAUGCACUCAUUCAAAUAAGAGCCAGAUUAUGAAAAAUAUUUACAAUGCUAAAUAGAUUGUUAAACAUUCCAGAUAAAUUGUGUGAAUAUUUAUCAAAUUAUGGAAACCUACUUGGUAGAAGUUUUUUAAGGGUCAGUGUAUCUGUCUGCCAGAUGAAUUAUGUGCAAAACUGUGUGUGUUUGUGAUGGUUCUUCAAUAUGCAAUGUUUUGAGAUGCUCCAGUGAGGAUGAUAACCCAGUUACUGCUCUCUGAACAAGGUAUAGAGUUUAAUAGAGUUUAUAUUUAUGAAAUUAUUCAAUUCAGUGAGGUGCAUAAAAGGUGAAUUUUCAAUUAGUUUCAAAAUUAUAAUUUCUUAAACUUGAAAGUCAAAUGUAGAAAGCGGUAUUGGACAAUGCAAUAUUAUUAUGUAUGAAACACCCUGCGUCCUCAACUCUCUUGCAGAGAUUCCUCUUAGUAAGUGAGAAAAAUCUGACUCUCAUGGAAGGCAGUUUUUCUAUAACUAGUUCACAUGUAGAACUUCAGUUUUAUUGUUUUGUAGCUCAUUCUUGAGUUGUAGAGAAACCAUAUUCUGCUGUCUUGAGGUAUUAUUCAUAGAUGUGCUCCAGGCUGAAUUUUUAUUAUUUGAGAACAGAAUUGCUAUUUUGAAUCAUGGUCUUCAAGUGCACCAGAAUGAGAAAAAAAGAAUUUCUUAAAAGACUGUAUUGAAAAAUAUUCCUUGUACCUGAAAGAGACUCAAUACACUUUACUGACUUGUUCUUCAUUUGCUUAAUUCUGCUCAUCUGUAUUUUCUUAUGGAAACAUUUUUUACUAUUUUAUGUCUAUGUGCAUCUAUAGCUAUCUACAGUAGCCUUACAAACUUUUGUUUCUUGCAUUCUUAAUAUAUAGACUUUCAACAGUAAUUAAUUAAUUCUCAAUUUGGCUGAUACUUUGAAACAGCAUUUAAAUGUCAAGUUCCUUUUCUUCGCCACCUCAAGCUAUUUUCAUAUAUAUGGCUGAGAUUAAUUAUUUAAGUAAUUUUGUUUAGGUUCAAAUAUUACCUGUUCUUGUUUUUAUCAUCUUAUAUUUUUAUUAUAGUUUUAUUACUAGGUGGCAUAUCUUGAUUUAUUACUGAUUUUCUAAUUGAAUUUGAGAACUUAUGUUCUUUUUUUUUGCUCAGUUCUAAAAAGAAAGAUGACACUGCUUCUAUGAUGACUAUUCAAUUCUAUUUAUAACCCUGAGUAAUAAGUACGCAGAUGUACUUGUCAGUGAGACCUUGUCAUAAUAGUAGCUUUUGAAAAUUUGGAAGUAUCAGCUGUUUUCAUAAAUGAUUUUGGGUUGAUGAGUUGGACUACUGGGUAGAAAACGCCAAAUUCCUUUCUUGCUUAGAAGAAUGUCAAAGGAAACUUUUGUAUUCACCUCUUCCACUCUGCGCUCCUUGCGCUUGCAACGAGAAAAGCUGGAGUGGGAAGAACGGCAGAGGGCUGCAUCUCAUCAGUGGGCCAGCCAGAGGUAUCGUCCAACUGCCAGGAGCCUCCUUUCUCUCCCCAAGCCCACCAGACAUCUUGAAUACUGCCGGGAUCCUGCUCUUCACAAUACCCUUUACACAGGAGACUUGCCAAAAAUUCAAAGCAUUUUUAAAGAUAAAAUCACUUCCAACUUGAUUGUGGAGACCCAGGUGGAAGAACUAGAGUGGUCAGCUGAUCAGGGGUUGUGGGUGUUGACUGCUCAAAAGAAGCACACGUCUCCAUUGCGAAUAACAGCUGCCAGGGGCUAUCAAGACUGUGUGAAACAUCUGCUCUUGAAAGGGGCAGAUGUCAAUGCAGUUAUUGGUGGGAAAGCUGCUUUGCAUGAUAGCUGUGCCAACCACCAUGAAGAAUGUACCCGUCUGCUCCUACGUUAUGGUGCUAAUGCUAAUAUUCUUUCAGAAGAGGGGCUGGCCCCAUUGCACUUGUGCACCACUCACGAAACUUUGCCAUGUGCUCAACUACUACUGGAAUAUGGAGCUCUAGUGAACCAGAAAUCAAGAGAUGGUCAUGCUUCCCCAUUGCAUGUGGCUAGUAGGAAUGGUUUAGAGGAUCAUGUCAAACUCUAUCUUUGCUAUGGAGCAAAUAUUGCUCAUAGAAAUCAGGAAGGAGAGACAGCUCUCAACACUGCUUGUGCCAAUGCAGAUAGACCUGAGGGGGCUGGUCGCUAUUACCAAGUGGUAAAGCAACUUCUUGAUGGUGGGGCCAAUGUCCAGAUCGCUGGCCGAAAGAACCAUACUCCACUGCACAAUGCCUGCAGCAACUGUCACAUUGGGAUUGUGGAACUCCUACUACAGCAUGGGGCAGAAGUCAAUAUUCGUAAUUGUGCUGGCAAUACUCCUAUGGACUGUGCUUUGCAAGCAGUGGAAGAUUACCUGGAGGAAGAGCCUGAAAAAGUUAUAGUAAUGUUGCUCAACCAUGGUGCUGCCUCUAUUAAUCCUAAGAUGCUAAAGUUUUGUGCCUCAUCACCUCGAUCUAUGGAAAUAAUUCUGAAUUCUUAUGAUCGAGUAUUGUCCUGUGAUUCCUGGGUGGAAUCUGUAUCUACUGAAAUGUGGCAAGAGCAUCAAAUGUUCUAUGAUUCAGCUCUUUUUCUGGUGAAUCAACCUCGCCCAUUGCAACAUUUAGCUCGUUGUACUAUUCGAAAGCAGUUAGGGAUACAUUGCCAUAAAGGCAUCUCUCAAUUGAAACUGCCUUCUGCUUUGCAUGAAUAUUUAUUUCUCCCAUUGAAGGGUUAUCUCAAAUAAAAUGAUGGAAAAAUAGAGAGCAAUUAGUAAUUAAAUAUGAUUCCAUCCUUCUGUAAUGAAAUACUAGUGUUACCACUAAAAUAGUGAUUAAACUGCAAAUAAGGUUAAAACCAAUUUUGUUAUAUAAAAUUAUACUUAUAUAUUUAUACUUAUACUUACUUAUACUUAAAUAGCAAAAAUUUUAGCUAUGUUGAUAAUCAUAAUUCUUGUACCCCCUGUCAACUCUUGCUCUUGGAUGAUAUGGAAGCAUAGUAAAUAGAGAUAAAUAUGACGGGUGUAUCACUUUCUAUGUCCUUCCAGAAGAAAAAGCAGAAAAAUGUGAAAAGAAAUUUUGACUGUAAUGCAAGAGUGAGUCUUGUUAAGAGGUUCUGAGGCAUGCAUGUCCAUUGAUUCAGGCUGGAAAUUAUUUUCUUGCAUACUGAAGUUCCAUCUAUACAAUGACAAUAUGUGCAUAUUAUUAUCGCAUCUCUGGCAUGAAAGAUUCUCACCAAUUGGCUAACUACGUAUUCUGUCCAUCUAAAUAAAGGGUGGGUAUUCACAUAUGUUAAUAUUGAUCCUGGUUCGCUUGCUUUGAUUACAAACUUUGCUUAAGAAUGUAAAUGAUGAGGUAAAUUCAUAGAGAGAUUAUCAUCACUGGGCAUAUUUUUCUAUUCAGUUAAGAAUCUGAUACUAAUUGUAGUGACAAUUAUUGGUGACCUGUAGAUCAAACUUCCUGGGAAUAAGGUGGGAUAGAGUGGGAUGGUCAUCAGCUGAUUUGGCAGUGACAAAUUAAACAUUGGCAAUAAUGAGAGUGGUCCUACCUGUAAUUGCUAUCUUACAGGAUCCAAUCUGAGUCGGUAACCAGGACCAGAGGUUUUGUUUUCCGAACUUUCAGACUCAUCUUCAGGGAAUUUCUUUCUAGGCUAGAGAGGAGCUCCCUGAAGAUGGGCUCCAGCAGAAGUCCAACAGCUCAAAAGACAAAACCUCUGGUCCUGGUGACUGACCCAAAUUAGAUCCUGCAACAUUAUCCUGGGACGGGUGUAUUCACUUUCAUUUGUAAUUGCUAUCUUUAUCAAGGUAUAGGCUGAAAAUACUAAAUAGGGUCAAUUCCCGGGCAUGAUGUCUAUAUGCUGAGGAUAUGUUAAGAGAACAAUGCAAGGUAUAUGAGCAUCAAGAUGAAGAUAUUAAAU